AAGAUGCGCGUUGCCCCCAGCAAGCUGCAGUUACUCCUGAUGGGGAUAGUUUGUAUUACAGAGUUUUGUGCUGUACCAUCUGCUCUUCAGAAAGAUCCUAAGUGUGGGCAGAAAAUUCAAGAGACAAAACCAUGGAGUUACCUUAACCUUUUCACUCGGAUUGUUGGGGGAAGCCAGGUGAAACAAGGCUCACAUCCAUGGCAGGUUUCCUUGAAACGAAGGCAAAAGCAUUUCUGUGGAGGCACCAUUGUUUCUGCUCAGUGGGUGGUCACAGCAGCUCACUGCAUCUUGGACAGAAACCUACUCCAGUACUUGAAUGUCACUGCGGGAGAGUAUGAUUUGAGGAUCACGGAGAAUGGCGAGCAAACACUCCCUGUUAAAUAUGUCAUUAAGCAUCCUAACUUUGACCCAAGAAGGCCAAUGAACUAUGACAUUGCCCUUCUGAAGCUGGAUGGAGCCUUCAACUUCAGUCCAUCAGUUUUGCCAGCAUGUCUUCCUGAUCCCGGUGAAAAGUUUGAAGCAGGAUAUAUCUGCACUGCUUGUGGUUGGGGCCGUUUAAAUGAGAAUGGAGUACUCCCUCAGGUCUUAUAUGAAGUCAAUCUACCAAUCCUCAACAAUGCAGAAUGUUCAAGAGCAUUAUCAACUUUAAAGAAACCCAUCCAAGGUGACACUAUAAUGUGUGCUGGAUUUCCCGAUGGAGGAAAAGAUGCCUGCCAGGGAGACUCAGGAGGCCCGCUUUUGUGCCGACGUAAGCAUGGUGCCUGGACUCUCGCUGGUGUGAUCUCCUGGGGGAUGGGAUGUGCUCGUGGCUGGAUGAGUAAUGAGAAGAAGAAACAUUAUCACAGAGGAUCUCCGGGAAUAUUCACAGACCUCAGUGCGGUGCUUUCCUGGAUUCGAGAGAACAUGAGUGCUGAUCUGAAGAUGAAAAGCUCCACAGCAUUUUGUAGCAUUCAGGAUGGCAAACUCCCUGACAGUGAAGGAGAAUUAAAUUUUCCUGGAAGUCCCAAGCAGUUUUAUGAAAACCACCAGUUGUGCGUAUGGACUCUAUUUGUACCGGAGGGGAAUUACAUAUUGCUUCAUUUUUCCCACUUUGAUAUAGAGCCAGAAACAUUUUGUGACUAUGAUUCUUUAUCAGUCUAUUCAAAACACGACAGACUUGUUGGGAAAUUCUGUGGAGGAGAUCUUCCAUUACCUAUUUUGAUUGGCUCCAAUAGCAUAAGGCUGAAAUUUGUUUCUGACAACAAGGAUUAUGGAACUGGUUUUUCCAUGACCUACAAAGCUCUUACACCAGAUAUUCUUCCUGAUUCUGGCUGUGAGUCCUUAGCUGUCCUUUUUGAAGAAGGAGUGUUACAAAGUAUGCACUAUCCAGAGCACUACAGCAACAUGGCAGACUGUCAAUGGAUUAUUUGUGCACCAGAGGACCAUGUAAUCAAGCUUACAUACCAGUCUUUUGAAGUAGAAGAGAGUGAAGAUUGCUCUUAUGAUGCCGUGACUGUGUAUGAAGAUGUGGGAAAAGAGGAGGAAAUUGCUAAGUCUUGUGGAUUUGCCCUACCAGCACCUGUUCUAAGCUCCUCUGCUCUGAUGCUGGUUGUCUUUCACUCUGAUGAAACAGAGACCUUCGGAGGAUUCAGAGCUACAAUCUCUUUUGUUCAUCUAACAGACACCUGCUAACACAUUUACUAUUUUCACUUGCUAAAAUUAGAUACUUUGAAUUCAACUAGUGGUGAAGAAUUUGAAGACAUGAAUAUGGCUGAAGAAGAAAUACAGGUUACGACAGAUUAUAUUUGUGGAAUGCCUUCAAAUCAGCCCAGGUUCAUCUUCAGUAGGAUAAUUGGAGGUGAAGAAGCUGUACCAUAUUCAUGGCCUUGGCAGGUCAGUGUACAAAUUUCAGAUGAGCAUAUCUGUGGAGGAGCAGUUCUUUCCAAAGAAUGGGUUGUCACAGCUGCUCACUGCUUCGAUUCUAAGGAAAUGUACAGAGACUUAUGGAUGGUGGUAACAGGAAUUCAUGAUCUUACAGAGCAAGAAUACAGACAGAAAAGGUCUGUAAAGCAGUAUAUUAUACAUCCAAGUUUUAACAAGACCACUAUGGACUCUGAUAUUGCCUUACUUCAACUGGCCAAGCCAUUAGAAUUCAACCACUACGUGCGCCCCGUGUGCCUCCCUGCCAAGGAGGAGGCAGUUCAGCCCUCGAGGGUGUGUGUUGUCACAGGAUGGGGUGCACACGAAGAAGACAGAGAAAUGGGGAAAAAACUGCAUCAGCUGGAAGUCCCCAUCCUGGUGCUUGACAUGUGUCAGAGCUAUUACACAAAUCUUCCCAGUAAAGUGACCCCAAGGAUGAUCUGUGCUGGAUUCCCUCUGGAAGAAGGCAAGGACUCAUGCACAGGUGAUUCUGGUGGCCCAUUAGUUUGUCCUUCAGAAGAUAACUCAGGAUUUUACACCCUUCAUGGAAUCACUAGCUGGGGCUUGGGAUGUGGAAGGAAGAGCUACCCAGGAGUGUACACAAAUGUUGGUGUUUUUGUUGACUGGAUCAAGCAGAGUGUCAAUAGUAGUGGUAUAUCUCUCCAUUUUCAUGGUGUGACUGUCAACAGAGCAGUUCUGACGGACCGCGUUGUAAAACACUUCCAAAGCACUAAUGUCACUGAAAGCAAAAUUUGCCUAGGACAGCACAGUGACUUCCUGCAUGGUGCUGUUCUCAGUCACUUGCACUUCCGUGAGCUCCCUGAUGAAUCCAGAG